AUGGGACAGCAGACCUUGUUUGUGAGGUACAAGACCUGUUAUUAUGCUCAAUCUACGGUGUCCCAUUUAUCGCCUGUGGCGAUAAAUAGGACAGCAGACCUUGUUUGUGAGGUACAAGACCUGUUAUUGGCCUCAAUCAAUGCAGCUGAGGUAGCGAAACAAAGAAUAUUGCUACAAAAGGCUAGGCAACCCAACGAGGCGGAUACUGCCCGCACCAGGAGUGAAAGAUACGGACGCCAUCCCAACGCUGGAGCUCUGGCUUCAGACCCAGUGAAAGGUACCAGUAGUAAAUCAGCCAAACCAACUGAGGAAGAUGAUUCGAAUGGCGAAGCUAUGAUCCCCGAAACACCAACACCCGCCUCGCGCAAGGAACGUACAAAUGUCCCAGUCAUUGAAGCUGACACCAACCCUCCUUCCAAGGAAAAGGAUAAUGCAGUUGUGGGAAUUGAGAAUGAGAUGGAAUCAACUCAGGAGUCAGCAUUGGACGAUACGAUUAUGGAUCAAUCCAAUGAUCCAUCCCAAGCUGAUAAAGACAUUAUCGAUAGUCUUACUUUCAAGAAGAAACAGGCCGAUGAUCCAGUAGGUCCCUCGAGUGCCACUCAAAAUAUGUGUCGCAUUGAAAUCAAUCGCGCUAGAGAAGAAUAUCAGUGUGUGAAAGAUUUAUACGAUACCACACAUGAAAAGGUGAUGAAGCUCGAACAGAAAGCGCGUGAUAGAGCUAUCGACAAGGCCCUAUUAAUAUCAAGGGCCUACCUUGAGAGUCUUGAACAGGACAUGAGGGAUAACAAGGCGUCUUACCUCUCUGCGUUGUCUGGAAACCAUCCGGAGGUCAUCUUCGUACCAGCUGCUCCAACUUUGCCUGCUCCAGUCACCCAGGCCAACCCGAUUCGAUCUAUCCCUGUAGCUAAGAAAAGAAAAGCUGGAGAAACAAAGGAAGAUGGCCCUGUGAAACACGCUCGAGCCAAUGAUCCUUCAGUUUAUUUCGAUCUAGAAGCUAGAGUAUCCAACAAAGAGGCCUUGACCAACAUUGGCACCAAGAAGGGUAAGACUCAAAUCAAGAGUCACACUACUGUUUCAGCUGAGCUGAAUGCCUGGGCUAGUGGCCCUAUGAACCCUGGGGCGGAGGUGCAGAUGAAGGAUGUAGUAGAAGAGAAGAAAGGUAGCAAGAAAAAAGAGAAGGUAGCUGAAGUCCGCGAAGAAGAGAAGGUGGAGACUAUGCAAGUGGACGGAAAAAGCAUCUUUCAUAAAGACCAAGUUGAUCUGACUGGGUUCCAUGAGGCCUAUUGGUCUGUACGCGUGCUAUUUAUCGCUUCGGGCGAUAAAAAUGACACAAACAGUAUCAAUGUUGCCUUGCAUGAAGCUACAACCUUUUUGAUGUAUCAUAAUAUCCUUCUAUGUAAACUUCCUGGAGCUAAACAGCUUCUAAUCCAUCCAACUCCUGACGAGAAGAAAGAGAUGAAGUACAUCUUAGACGGAAUUAACUCCUCACACUUCAACUGGGGGGAAGUCCUUGCGUUACCUGCGGCCAACAUCAUUCAUACUUGGGAAUUCGACUGUGAAGACUUCAAUGGUAAACCUGUUAUCCAUGAUCUGGCUCCUCAUCUCAACUACAUCAAGGCCCUGGUCGAGGAUCGUGAUCUUAUGCUGUUGCGUUUGCAGACAUCUCCUAGGUUGAUUCAAAUAUUGUCUCAAGAUAUGUUGCUCUCACCUGAAUGGCUCAACUGGAGCGUUAUUCAGCAAAGUACGAACUAUCCCUGGGACCAGAAAAACGCCUUGUUUCGAUCAUUGCAUUCGAUGACAUGCCGAGUUGACCAGUUGCGUGAUUGGACCAAACACUCGGUGAUCAAGUCCAACAUACGCAACGCUCAUACGAUGUUUCAUGAAUUGUUGUCUGAUAGCGUUAGAUUGGUUUCUUUCCAAUCAAAUCACGAAUCUUUUUCGAUCCGUACUGAAGGUGAAGAUGGAGUCGAAAAGUCUACUGUAGGGAUGAGCCGGACUAUCACCUGGCUGGUCAAUCAAUGUACAUCUGGUCAUAAUGAUGAUGCACCUAUCAGACAAUCUCGAAAUCCUCCGACUACGAUGCGAGCAUUGCAGAAGAAGUUUUUCUUCAUUUUUUUGGGGGUCAACUUGAUCUACAAAGCUGAGGUGCAUAACUUACUGCUGAAGAAAGCUGAAGUCGAAAAAGUUCCGGUUCGUGAGAUCAAAUCGAUGAAGGCUCUUCAGAAGACAAGUUCUGUGUUGCAUCAAUUGUUCAAUGAUCGCAACAAAUUUAAAUCAGGAAGUCAAAAGUCCAUUGCUGGGCCAUCCACUCCAAAAUCAAUCACUGGCCCUUCGAGUGGUCAGACUCCUAGAUAA